AUGAAUGAUGAUGCUAGUGUUCCGGCGACAGGCACUGCGAUCCAAAACCCUUUGAUGGUGGACAUAAUAUCUGGGUUUGUGUCACGUCCUUCCGAAAUAGUUGGGUUUGACACUGGUUACAAUUCAAACUAUCGCUACAAUCACACAUCCCAUUCCUACAUCAAUGCCUCGGUGAAUCCUAAUCAACCAAUACUUUACGAUCUGUCUACCACUGCAUUUAACAUGGCUUACUGUCAUGGACCCGGAGGCAUUGUCGGGCUUCUAUUGGUGGGCCUUCUACUAUAG